CAACGGAGACAGCGAAGAUUCCGGCGAUACACGCGGCCGCGCGCCCCAGACCACACGUCGAGCUACGGAUUUCCACAUUUCUUUCUUCGUGCUUCUCUUCUGUCUCCGUCCUACGUUGUUGCUGUUGCUUCCUUCUUCUGGAGUUCUCGAGCAAUCCUUGAUUCUUCGCCGCGAGGUCGGCCACCGCGUAUCCUCCCAGCUUCUGGCGAGUCCUUGGCUUCCUCGUAUUUCUCCGUCCUUUCUCGCGCUUCUCGCGACUCGUCUUCUCGCAGGUUUCCUUCUUCUCGCCUCUGCCUCUUUCUGCUGCCGCGUCUGCGCUCUUCCCUGUCCAGCGCGAUUGAAAAACGCAUGCUCCAUCAUGCAGCGCCGCGCUUCACUUCGCACCUUGCGAUCUGUGCGAGGAGUGCGUGUUGUCGACCUUCUGCGCGUCUCCCUUUCUGCGACUCUCUCUUUCUGGAGCUCUUUCUCACCUAGUGGACCUCGCUCUCUUCGUCGGUCUCUCCUUGUCGAUGUCUUUCUGGUUCUCGCCGCUGCCAUUUUGAUUCUCUGAGUCUUGUUGUCUCCGUCGGAAUCUCUCGGCGCCGUCCAGAAGCGCCGCGCAGAAGAAAGGCGCGUGGAUGCGUCGGCGCGCACAGGCGCGCGUAGGUCUCUCGCAGCCGCAGAUUAUUUUUGGAGAGCGCGUCGACUGGACAGCCGGUCUCGGUCGUAAAUCUCUGCACUCCUCCAUCACGGCUGGGAGACGCCUGGGGGCCUCAACUUCGGCAUGCACCCGCAAGCCCCCGUCUCUCUGCGCGCGGAAAAAUGGAGACAGCUCGCGUCUCCCUUUGGGGAGGCUCUGUCCUCUUCAUCGCUCUGGGGACCUGGGGAGACGUCCUUCCGCUUUUUUCGGUGGCUUUGCACCUCUUCGACGCGGGCGUUCGGGCCGCGCUCCCUGCGUCGCACGGAGAACGAGGAAGCCGAAAAGGAAAGCGGCGGUGUCCAGAAUCCGCAGACCGGCCUGGCGCUCGCGAGCUGGUCACUCCCGCAGACGCGGCGAGAGAAGACGCCGAAGAAAAUGGGGGCAGCAGAGAGGGCGCUGUCAACGCCGAGAAGACGCGCGGCGACGUGAGGACGCUCGAGGAGAGCGAGAGACACAGAGAAGUCGACAAGCCGCAGUCGAGAGAGCAGAAAGGAAAGAAAGAACAUGGAGAGGAAGGGGACAAGCGAGCAGGGCGAAGCUCGCAAGGACGAAGGCUUCUGGCGGGAACAGAAGGCAGCUGUGCUAGGGAAAGCACCGAGAGCGAGAAGAAAACACAGAAGGCGAAAGGAGGUGAAGAGGAGGAGGGACAUGCACAGAAGGAAAUAACGGAGGAAGAAAUGAAGAGAAAACGGAGAGAAGAAGAGCAGAGAGCAUGGGAGAGGCGACGAAACACCGAGGGAGAAGAAGCGCAUCAUCUGAGGAGAACGAGGGAGAGACAAAGUGACGGCGAACAGGGCUUCCCAACAGUCAUUCUCGAAAUCAUCUUCGCCACACACCAGUGUUGGAUCAAACCGCUCAUCGAGGCUUUCUCGCCCACAUCUCCUGUCUACUCUUCUCCAUUUCCUUCUUCUUCGUCUUUUCCCGCAUCUUCUUUUCGCGCUUCGUCGAGCUGUUGUUCGGCGUCUUCGCCACUGUGUGCGUUCGAGUGCAUAUCUGCAGAGGAGGCUUACCAAAGGCGUCUUGCGGGAGGCGAAGACCUCGUCCGUCUGCUGUCGGCGUUAGCGUCCUCGCGACAGAGCCCUCCGUUGACUCUGUCUUCCUCGGUUCUCUCGGCUGCCUCCAGAGUUCGCUUCUCCUUUGUCUCGCUGCCUUCGCCUCCGCUUCGCGCCUCUGCAGCCGCGCUCUUCCACCCAGGAGAGCUGGAGCCUCUCCUGACUGUUCUCUGUGGGUCUGUCUUGGCUGCGCGUUCUUUGCCCACCUCUGCGGAGUCUGCGUCUCCGCCCUGCGCCGCGACGGUCUCGGACCGCGGCACUCCUCCUUCGCGUUCUUCUCCGCAGCUGUCUCCUCUUCAGUCUUCUUCGCCUCGUCCUGCUUCUCUCUCUUCGGCCUAUUCUCCUGCGACGUCCGCUCCGUUUGCGCUCUGCGUCUGCAGCCCCUUUGGCGCAGUGUGGCUGCAUGCGGCAGAGAAGGCGCGCUUGCGUUGCCUUCUGCUCGUGCCGUCCCCGCGUUUGGCGCUGCGCGCGCCGCCGCCUGGGAUCCUCGAAGCUCUGCAGGAAGAGGCGGCGGACUUGGGGGAAGAGCGGCAGAAGAGACGACGAGGAGAGACACCCUCCCUCCUGCAGUGGGCUGUCGACAGGGUCGGUGGAGCUCGACCGUCGCCGAUCAGCUUCGAGGAUCUGCGGCUCUGGCAGUGGCGCCUCUGUCUAGCCGACCAUGGAGAGUUCAGAGAAACGUUUCUCUCGCUUCCCGCCUCGCUCUUCGAUCCUCCAAACGACUGUCAUCCUGCGACGUCGCCGUCGCCUUGCCCACUGCCAGCUUCGCCGAUGGAAUCGACGUCGUCUCGUUCCUCUUCUUUACCAUCUUCUUCCUCUUCUUCGCCACCUUCUUCAUCAUCUUCUUCGUCGUCUUCAUCAUCUUCUUCGUCGUCUUCGUUCGUUCCUUUUCGGCCGUUGUCGGUCCCAGUUGUUUUUCUGCUUGAUGCCUGGCUCUUCCCAGAAGUUGCGAAGUCUCUCCCAGCCUCUGCAUGUAUGGUCGGAGCUGCAGACGCUCCCUGGAGAAACGCGAUCGACCUGCGAAGCCUCUGCCGUGACUUGAGGCGGCAAGCACCGUCGCGGACUCAGCGACCGAGGAGAGACAGGCGUCUCGCUCUCUUCUCUUGUCUGUCGCUCUCUCCCGGGUCCACCGCCCUCGCCUUCUACGGCGACGAAGGCGCCUUGCUCGCGUCGCCACCUGGCCAGAGAGAGCGCGGACGAACAGAACGUUUUCGGGAGCGAGAGAGAGACCGAGAAGCGCGCAAAGAGCGCAGAGAAGGAAGUCCUGCAGGAGGCCGAACGGCGGAGACCUGGCCUGGAGAUAAAGUGGAACGAAGCCCCGCUUGUGCGCGUCGCCGGGCGCUUCGUUUCGGCCAUCCCGAAGCUGCGUCUCGCUGUCGGGAGUCCGCUCCCUCGAGCGGCGCAGAUGCCUCGACGGCGAGAGGCGAGACGACAGGAGAAGAAGCGAAGCGUUUCCGCCGCAGAGAGACAGGAGCGGGGAGGUGUGUGUCGGAGCGAGACACGAAGAAGACGAAAGAAAACGCGCAUUCAGAAGUGGAGAACGUUGCGGAGAUUGAGAGAGGAAAUGCGAGACAGCACCCGCACAGCGAUGAGACCGACGCACUGGGGAGCGUCGCGAAACUCCUGCAGGGCGGAAGUCGUGGAGGCUGCUCUCCGGCUUUGAAGGAAGUCGAAACCGUGGAGAAGAAACCACUGAUUUAUGUCUCUUUCGGGUCUCUGCAUGCGUCGGAAAUGAAUCUUCUGCCUUCGCCGCAGACGCUGAUUCGCGUCCUCGCGCGCGUCGGAGUCGCCCUCGAUGCUCGCGUUAUUCUCCACAUUCCGUUUCCUUCCUUCUCGCGACCGCAUACACUCCCCGAGUCUGCCCGGUCGGCGCGUCUGUCUCCAGGAGACGCCAACUCGUUCGACCGCCCCUCACGCGACGCGAUGUCUUCUCCCGCGUCAUCGCGCUCUUCGUCAGCUGUUUCCUCGCCUCUCGAGCCGCGUCCUGACUCAUCGGAACCUCCCCGCUCUUCUUCGUCUUCUCGAUCUGCUUCGUCUUCUCGAUCUGCUUCGUCUUCUCGAUCUGCUUCUUCUUCUCGAUCUGCUUUUUCUUCGGGAGCGGCGGAGCCACCGGGGUGGCGUGUAGCUUUUCUGCGUUCUCUGGUGGACUUGCGGGCUCUGCUUUCGCGCGCAGGACUGGCGGACGCGCGCGUCCUCUGUCUCCUCACGCACGGAAGCGCCGGUGCAGCCGCCACCUUCGCGCCUCUGCUCCUCUCGCUGAGAACGCGUCGCCGCAGAGCAGCGCGAGAAGGCAAUGUUCACCAGAGCGCUCGAGCUCAAGAAGAGAAAUCAAAGCGAGAGCCACAAGGCGACCGAGAAGACAGAGGCCAGCAAGAGCGCGAAGAAGACCAUGAGCGUGGAGAAACUCCAGAUGAAGCUGGCCUAGACGAUGCUGUCGGAGAAGAGAAAGAAGGCGAUCAAGAUGAAUCGGAAAUGGAAGAUCUCGAUGAUGGCGGAGAGGACGAAGGAGGCGAAGAAGAAGGUGGAAGGGACUCUGCAGAGGAAGGUCUCGAGGACAGCCACGAGGACGACGAGAACACUACAGAAGACGAGAUAGAGGAGGCAGACGACCGUUUGCCAAAAGAAGCUAAAGAUGCCGAGAACAAAGGAAAGACUGUUGUCUGUCAGCACCCUCCAGCUUGGCUCGUUUUUCCAUUUUUCUUCGACCAGCCUGCGAUCUCAGCGCGUCUCGCCUCUGUAGGCCUCGCGUCUGUCGCUUCGCCUGCUCUCCUGGACGCCCUCGAGCAGCUUGCGCAUGCAGAGAAGGCGGCCUCCCUGCGGAGUGAUUCAAGUCACGGAGAAGAAGAGGAAGCCGGGGAAUUUCCGACGAGAAGAAAUGACGCAGUCCCCGCGCGAGGAGAGGGAGAAGCACAGGGAGACGGCGAGCAGCCACAGCGUCGGCGAAGGGAGACCACUGCGCAGGGAAGCAUCGAAACGAGACUCUCUUUUGCGCGAGGGGAAAGCGAGGAACGUCAAAGUCGUCGGGGGGGGUUGUGGACGCGGAGCAUCGGGGCCAUGGAAGACGGGAGCGAGAGAAUGGCAGAGAAGAAAUCGAGUUCUACGAGAGCACGGGAGAAUGCCUCGACGCGUCUGUGUUACUGCGAGCAGCGCCUGGAGGCUCUGCUGGUGAGGGAAGUCGAGGCGGCGGUGAAGCGAUGCAGGGAAGAGUGGAGAGACGGAGAACAACAGCCAGCGCAGGAAGCCAAGGCGGACUUUCAGUCCUGGCACAGGCCUCGGAGAGUGGCGCUGCGCUGCGGCGAAGAGGCGAACGAGAGGGGAGAACGGGAGAGGACAGCGAAGACCAGGCGGCGGGGAGCAGAAGAGAGGAGACAGCAAGAGAGCCGCGAUCAGCGAGGGGAAGAAAGACGCAGAGGCGCGACGAAAGAGAGGCCGAAGCCGCAGAAGCUGCAGACGGAUGGCGCAAGCAACGCAGCCGACAUGAUCGUGGCAGUCCUCAAGGACCAAGCCCAGAGGUUUUUCAACGGUGCCGACUAGCGGAGGGAGAAACGCGUCUGGCAGUCGGUGGACGCGCGCUCCAGAUGCCGCGAUCGUCAGCUUCCCAGUCGGUGUGCUCGUCAGACUGGCGUUCUUGGAGGCGAGGCUCUGCCGCGCUCCCGGGUGCCUUCUCGCGUCGCGCGGCGACCUCAUCGAGCGACUCUGCGCUGCGAGCUCGGAGACUCGACGUUGAACGAUCUUGUCAAAUCUAAUCCCAAGCGAAUCCCCCGCUCUGCUGCCGUCUGAGCCAACAAUCGCUACAUCCUAACCC